ACCUGUUAAAAGGACAUAUGAAGGAAAAACACUCUAAUGUUAAGCGAGCUUUCAUUUGGAGAAUUUGUUUACACCUUUCAGCUGGCCCGAGAACAAAACAACUCCACGAGGGACGUGAGCAGGCCCUGAGCAGGGCGAGCUGAUUGCGUCGUACGUGGGACGGAGGGGGCAGCUGGGUAACGCAGGCUCAUUGAUUCGUGGUGCGAGCUGGACGGGUUUGGAACGCGAGUACCAGCGAAGGUUUGCCAAUAACCACCAAAGUCGAUUUGUGGCUCGCAUAGCUUUGGAAAACCGCCCCCGCAGGACGUCUUGCUCGGCCAGCUUGCAGAGGUGCACCCAGCAUCCCUUGCUUUUGCAAUCGCAGUUCUGAUGUCUGGAGGCAUGGAGAAGACAUUUAAAGAGAGGAGGUCGAUGGAGCAGCGUGUGCACGAUGUCAGGCAUAUUCGUGAGCUGCACCCCAACAAGGUGCCAGUCAUCAUCGAACGCUUCUCGGGCGAGAAGUCCCUGCCACAAAUCGACAAGACCAAGUUCCUUGUUCCGGAUCAUGUGACAAUGGGCGAACUCAUCAGAAUCAUCCGGCGCCGACUGAGCCUGCACCCGAACCAGGCGUUCUUCCUGCUGGUGAACCAGCGAGCCAUGCCGCUCGUCUCGGCCACGAUCGCCGACGUCUACAGCCAGGAGCGCGACGACGACGGGUUCCUCUACAUGGUGUAUGCCUCGCAGGAGGUGUUCGGCUAGGCGGGCGGUGGCACU